AGAACACUGACUUACACAAUUAACAUCUGCUUUAUGUGAAAUUUGAGAGGAGGGUGUUUUCUUUCAAGGUCAGGGUAGUACCAGUAAAACUUUAUUACUUUAGAUUGUCACUGCUGCCCACAAUAAGUACUACUAUUUCCCUACAAUAAGUUAAAUGCAGCAUGCCAGUCAAUCAACAAAAAUACUGUGUUUAUCAUCAUACAUCAUUCAUACUUUACCAGAACACUGGCCUUCAGCUAUAAGUGAUGUAAUUUCAUCUCUUCAACCACAGAAUAUUCCUUCUGUCACACCUCAUCAAGCACUGACUAUGCUGUUAGAAUUACUUACUGUUCUACCUGAAGAGUUUCAGACUAUGCAUAUGCCUUGCUCUCAAAGAGGAGUUGUCCGAAAUGCCUUGCAGUCAUCUGUACCACAAAUAUUAGGCUUAGUUCAAGAAAUUUUUUAUCAGACAGAUGAAGUAACAAAUAUUCAUCAAAUGGCAUUAAAAUGCUAUUCAAGUUGGUCUCAGUUGGAUCCUUGUGUCUUAGAAUAUGAACCAUUGUUAUUAAGUACUUUAAAAUUAGUUUAUAAUGAAGAACUUUGUCAAACAGCUUUAGAAGCACUGACAAAUGUUGUUAUUCAUCCAGAAUCUCAUAAAUGUCCAAAUUCUAUCUUGAAAUUAGUUGGACAGAUAAUUAAAUUGGAGGAUUUAUUAUCAAAAGCAAUUCAAGAAAAGGAUAUGGAUAUCUGUUGCUGUAUAUAUGGUUUGUUCAUUGCUUUAGGAGAGACACAUUCCAAGCUACUGUUAAACACAAUUUUGGAGAGAGAAGAAUAUCGGGAUACAAUAAUCAAAUUAAUUAGUUUAAUAUUACAAUGUAGUCGUACACCUGGUCACUAUCCAAUUGAUGAAAUAUGUAGUGAACAAACUUUUGGUUUUUGGUAUACAUUACAAGAUGAAAUUGUUGCAUCUGAACCAGCAAAAUUUGAAUCAUAUUUGAGAUUAUUUCAUCCAUUAUUCCAAUCUCUAGUAGAUACUUACUUAAUUAAAAUUCAAUAUCCUACAGAAGAUGCUUAUCAACAAUGGCAUAAUGAUGAAAAAGAGUCAUUUAGGUGUUACCGUCAGGAUGUUGGUGAUUCUUUCAUGUACUGUUAUAAUAUCUUGCGUGAAUCAAUGCUAGCUAAUCUCAUGGCUCAUUUGAGUGUUGCUGUCAACAGGGCAUCAGUUAAUCCUUCUGAUUGGCAAUAUUUAGAAUCUUGUCUAUAUGCAUUUCAAGCAAUUGCAGAAAGUGUUGACUCAGAAGAAAAAUACUAUUUACCACAAUUCUUUUCUAAUUUACCAAAAAUAUUACUUCAAAAUGUUCAAGUUAUAUCAACGACAAUGGAUGCAAUAGGAUCUUAUGCUGAAUGGAUUAAUGUUCAUCCAGAAGUUUUAGAGCAUGUAGUACCAAUACUAAUGAUGGGAAUUCAAAAUACUGAUGUAUCACCAGCUUCUACAAUGGCUUUGAAAGACAUUACACGUGAUUGUCAACCUAGUCUAGCACCAUUUGCAGAGCAAAUUCUUUCUACUAGUCAAGAAGCAUUAUCAAAUUUGAAAUCUCGGGAAUGUAUUAGACUUAUGAGUACUAUUGGUCAAGUUCUUUCCAUCAUGUCUUUGGAUUAUAUUAUGUCUUAUUUGGAGACAUUAUUAACACCAAUAAUACAUCAGUUACAGCAAACUUUAACAGAACAGCAGUCUUCCACUUCAAAAGCAACUGUUAUUCUCAAUUUAAAUAUUUUAUCUAUGUUAUUUUCUACCCUUGAUAUUCGUCCAAAAGACGAUACACAAACAAACAAAACUUUGGAAAACAAAAAAGAUCUACCACAACCAGUUUUUCUUGUUUUAAAGCAAGUUAUGCCUUUAUUAAUGACUUUAGCAUCUAAUUGGAUGUCAGAUGAACAUAUUACAGAGGCAUUGUGUGAUACAUUAAAAAGAGCAACAUCAACUUUAUUAGAAGAAUGUCAGCCAUUGAUAGAUGAUAUUUUACAGUUACUGCUUCAUAUUUAUCAGUUUUGCCCUCAUAAUUCAGUAUUAGAUGUGAGCAAACAGAUGAUGAUGUUAUUUGGACAAGAUAAAGAGAGAAAAGCUAAACUUAUGUCAUUUUUUGCUCAAAUUUGUGCACAGUCAAUCAGUCUAUUUCGGACAAAUCUAAGAGAAAACACAACAGUUGUAGAAAUUUUAUUUGAAAUGCUAACUCAGAUCUAUCUUGAUGAGAAGAAACAAAAUGAAGAUGAGAAGCAGAAGGGAAAAGAAGAGAAAGAAAAACAGAUUACGCAGUCAAAAUUGCAAACCCAAAUUGAACAGAAAAGCCUGAAAAAGGAUGAGCAAAAGUUAAAAAGAAAUCAGAAAAGAAUAGGAAAAAAAGCAUGUAUAGUUGCAUUGUGUUUACCAGAGAAACCAACAGUUAAAGCAGCUUCUUCAUUUAUUGCUGAAUUUAUUAAUCGUAGCAGAGAAGUAUCAGCUAUGCUGAAUGUUGUAAAUAAUCAUGGUGAAUUUCUAGUUGGACAAGUGUUAAAAGUGAUUGGUGGGGAAGCACCCAGAUCAAUGGUAGAACAUAUGCCUGAUAUAUUAAUGGCUUUAAAUAAAAAGUAUUUUGAUAACUUGUGUCGCUGGAUGUCAACUUUCUUACAGCAACAAGAUUUUCCUUCUCAACAUGUAUCUCCUGUCCAAAAAGAACAUUUUACUCGUAUGGUAUUAAGAGAAAGAAGCAAUAAAAGGAAAUUAAAGGAAACUGUUAGUGAGUUUAGCUUGAUCUGCAGAGGACUGAUAGGAAGUGAAUAUGCAGCUAAAACUACAGGUCUAACUUAAAAUACUUAGUAAUAAACUAAAUUUGAUAUAAAUAUAUUUGUAAAAAACAAGAACAUAUAUUAUGAAUUUUGACUGAUUACUAUAAUUUAUCGUGUUAAAUAUCAAGUAAUAUUAAUUUUA